AUGGAAAAUUUUAUGCUAUCCUCUGAGGGAGGAGGAGCUGGAUUACUGUCAAAACAUAGGAAAGCCCAUAACAAUAUACCCGUUACUUAUGCUACUAAUUUCGGUAUUGUUGCUGGUUGCUAUUGCGAUGAAGUGAGUGUGAUCUUUCGUUUCUCAGGGGCUCGUGAAUUGAUAUGGAAGAGCCACAUGUGGAUCGUACAACUUUGCCCUUGCUGCAUCCUGGUCGACAAAAUGGAGCUAAAUGAACUCAUUAAGUUUAACCACCACACCCAAGUAUCAACUGCUGUGAGAAAGAUCAUUCAAAGUUGUUUCAAAGGACCAUGGUACUCUUGGAAAAGAGUGCCAGUUUUCUACAAACAAACAUGGUUUAGUCUGUUCAAGAAAAAAUUUAAUUGGCAUCCUAAUAUCAACAAUCAAGUUGAAAGUGAGUUUAAUAAGCUUGCUGCUUAUCCUCUCCGAGGAAUGAUAAGCCAUUUAUCGUUGUCACUUAUCAUUGUCAACAUACGUAGCUUGCUCAUAUACGCUGCUGGGUCAUCUAAACAAGGCUAUGUCUUUGGACUGGGAGCUCUAAAGGAAUUUGUUGUACCAUCUGCUAUUGCUUCUUCAAGUCAACCACAACCAGAAGAAGCAGAGAUGAUUGCAAAUCGGCUCCAAGAGUUGGAAGCUGAAGUCAAACAAAAUCAUGAAGAAAAUCUGGAAAUUAAAAAAAGACUUGAAGCUAUGGAGAAGAUGGCUGAGUCUUUUGCAAAUCAGAAUGCUUAAAGCUACUAAAACCAUCCAUCGUCCAUCAUCUAUCUAAUUUAGUAAUUCUAGUUUCUUUUUAUCUUAAGUAAUGUUUAGUUUUUAUUUUAUUAAGACUUUAUUUUUUUAUAAAUUCUGUUUGUGUAUUGGCUUUGCUUCGACAUAAGUAAUAUAAUGUUUGGUUUAUUAUAUUUUAGUUUUACUGUUUUAUUAAUUAAUUAUCUAAUUUAAAAA